CGAUACUUAAAGAUAAGUCCUUUGCCCCUUCCCCCUCCCCCUUCCCCGUUUCCCCUCUCCCCUCUCCUCCUUAGGUCGUUCUUUCCCCUGAUUGCCCUUUUGCAUGCAUAUGCGUUCUGCUUGAGCCUUUUACCCGUGCCCGCGGGCCAUACAACUUUCACCUGCAGCUGGAGCGUAGCGUCCUUCAAGCACCCGACUUCUGCACUCUCACUCCCCGCUUCGGAGCUUCCCCGUCCCGACGUCAUUCGCCCCUGUCCAUUUUCCUGCAACCAAUCAGACCGACUGUGCCUGCGCCAGCCCCACGCUCUCAGCCUUACCUCCGAACGUGGCCUCGUCCAGUUACACACUUCUUUCCUUUCACUCCUUCAACCUAAACAUCGCAUUGUUACCCUUCUCAUUUUCUUCCCUGGAUCGGGCCUUUUUUUCAAACGAAAUCAUGGUAAACACCGGAUCCAGCCGUGAGGCCCAACACCUAUGCGUGUUGGUCCACGGGUGAGUAGUAUUCUUACUUGCAACCUCCGUCUGGCCACAGUUCUGCGCUUAUGCUAACAAUGGACCGCAAAGACUAUGGGGAAACCCAAACCACCUCGAGCAGAUGGCUCUGGCCCUGCGAGAGAAACAUCCUGAACAAUCCCUCCAUAUCCUCGUCGCCAAACGUAACAGUGGUAGCUUUACCUACGAUGGCAUUGAGUUGGGUGGCGAGCGGGUGUGCCAGGAGAUUGAGGAAGAAAUAGAGAAGCUGGCAAAGGAAGGCCAGGAAAUAAAGCGGUUGUCGUUAGUGGGAUACUCCCUAGGCGGACUCGUGGCAAGAUACGCCGUCGGUUUGCUUGACAGCAAAGGCGUUUUUGACAAGAUUACGCCGGUGGUGAGUGGCGCAAUUGCUGAUGCCGGGACUAGACGAUGCUAACGAAGGCAGAACUUUAACACUUUCGCAACUCCCCACUUGGGAGUUCGAACACCGUUGAGGGGCUGGCACAAUCACUUGUGGAAUGUUCUUGGUGCUCGAACUCUAUCACAAUCUGGCCGGCAAUUGUUUACAAUAGACAAGUUCCGAGGUACAGAUAAACCAUUGUUGGAAGUUCUUGCGGAUCCCGAGUCCAUCUUCGUCAAGGGCCUCGCUAAAUUCGAAAGAAGGACGUUAUACACAAAUGUAGUCAAUGAUCUCAGUGCAGUUCACUACACCACUGGAAUCGCAAAGAAAGAUCCAUAUAUCAAUUUAGACAAACUGAAACUGAAUUACUUGGAGGGCUAUGACAACAUCAUACUCGACCCAAAGAACCCCGUUUCUCCACUGGAUCCAGAAGAAUCACAAUUUACCUUUUCCGAGAGGUUUGUGAAAACCAGCCAAACUACAUUUGGUCGACUACCUUUCCUGAUGGCCAUGAUUGUAUUCGUUCCAGUCGGUGUAGUGGCAUUCUUACUAAACUCCGUUGUUCAAUCCCUACGAAGCAAUCGAAGAAUCAAGCUCCAUGAAAUGGGUCUAGCUGGAAUAGAGCCUCAAAAUUAUCGUAUGCCCCUUUUAUUCAAAGGCAUGCGAGGAGCAGUUGAGGAUGCAUACGAAAAUCUCAAUAACGCACAAAGCCAGGAGUACCUUGUCGCUGGAACAGAAGAGGAGUCUGCCACAGAAGAAUCUGGUUCCUCUCAAUCAUCCUCGUCCCUUGACAAGCCCGUCAACGUUCAUCAUGAAUCUUCUGAAAACCCAUCGCCACGUGAUUUAUCACGUGACUCACCAACUCUUGCCCUCGCGCCUCAUCAAUUCAGAAUGGUUCAAACCCUUGAUAGUGUUGGUUGGCGCAAAUACCCUGUGCAUAUCCAUAAAGUGAGGCAUAGUCACGCGGCGAUUGUUUUCCGUGUAAACAAACCACGGUACGACGAAGGCAAAGUAGUCUUUCGUCAUUGGCUUGAUGAGGAAUUUAUUCUAUAAUAAAUAACUCUGUAUACACCCUGAGAACCCAUUGUACGAGAUUUCCUGGAACAAGCAACUUAAUUAUCCUAAAUCACUUAGACAACCAUUUUCAUUAUACGAGAACUUUAGAACAAUUAACUUCAUUGUCCCAAAUCACAUAGGUCAACAAAGAUAUAUUAAUCUCAAU